AUGAGCGAUAUCGACAAAUUAGAUUCCUCUAUCAGGAGGAAGAUACUUCCGAUCGAAAGAGAGUUCGGCAACAACUUAAUCUACGAUGGUUACGGGAUGAAGUCAAACAGCCAUACCUUUGAUUCUAACCUCGAAAUACGACUUCCAUCUGCUGAUGGGGGUGGAACGCGCCCAGAAGGCCUUAAAAGAACCGGAACAAUCUACGAAAUGAUAGAUAGAUUGCGAAAAGAUGGACACAAACCAAUGGUGCCAAAGCUGAUUGCAUUGGAAACGGCAAUGCGGGAUGAUUACCAGACACAAUAUAUUGCAACGAGAGAAGAAUUAGAAGAGGAAAAACGGAAGGCAAAAUUCGAACAUGAGAACAAAUGGAAUAACGAAUUGGACGAUCCUGGGAAAGCUCGCCAAAACCCUGAGAAGUUCUUGGGCGAAAAGUUCCCGGCAUACCUAGAUUCCAAACGAGAAAAAUGCCCAGCAGCCAAUGUUCGAAAAGCUGCUCUAUCACUCGGUCUCAUAUACGAAUCAUCAGAAGUUUCAAAAUUCGACGAACCACCACUCCAAAGAGACCUUUCCUCGCUCAUCCAUAUAGCCAUAGGCAGAACUGGACCUGCUGUCACGAAUGAAAUUGAAGAGAUACAUCAGAUCCGAGGUAAAGCAAUGCAAAAAGCUCGAGAAGCUAUGAAAAAUGCUCGAGAUAUUAUUAGCGAAGCCCAUGAUGAUGUAAUCCGCGCAUCAGACGACAAAGCCUGGGACGUCACUGGAGAUUGGCAUGUAUCUUGCUUGGAGAUGGAAAGGAGAUGGCCCACUCCUCUCACGCUUAAGAUUUAUAGUCAAGAAUCUGAUGGUCAAUGCCAACUGUCUGGCGAGUUCGAUUUCGGUGGGGUAUCGGGUCUGUUCCGUUUUGAGCAACAGUUUCCAACUAUUGAGAUAAAUUCGGCUAGACUAGCUCAUCCGAAUGUCAAGCGAGGAAAUAUCACUUUCACGAAAGCCGAGAAAGAGAAGAAAGGCGUUAAUGAGGAUGAAGAUGACGACAGCGAUAAUAAUAUUGAAUAUAGAAGAACCACGACUAAACGUCUUUGGUGCAAAUCUACGGCGGAAGCCUUCUCAUUUCCCUCGACGGAAAAGCCCUCUCUCCACAAUCCAACACAGCGAGGUGUCCCAGGUCAAUAUCUUUGUUCGAUUACGUUCGGUGAACCGUUAGGUACAACUCUAACUGGCACCUUCGGAGGCGACCUUUACAGGACUUGGAAGGAGGAUAUGGCGUUCACGGGUGUUAAGGUUGGUGUUGGAGGUACUCCUAUCGAUAUCGAAAAGGAAUGGCGUGAUGGACAAAACAUAAUAUAA